GUCAUACAUUGGGGAAAAUGUGAAGGGGGAUGGCAGCCCCGUGCCAUAUCUUUCCAGUGAGAGAACUUCAUUUGUUUUCGUGGCGAUCCAGUCAGAACCGCGCGCUUUUACGCAUUCGGAGAGCUUUCCGCGAACUUUGGAGACGCUAAAAUAAGCCCAGUUGCAAACUAUGGCUGAAGCGCACAGCUUACUUACUGAGGAUCCGUGCAGUCCACAGAGCAGCGGCGGCUCUACGCCCCGGCACGAACCGGACCGGGAGGUCGGAAACUCUCCCGCCGGAUCUGACGCGCUGGCGGCGGCGCGUCCGCACGCUGUAGCGGAGAGCUCCCCGGAGGACGAGCGGUUCCCCGCCUGCAUCCGGGAUGCGGUGUCGCAGGUGCUGAAAGGGUACGACUGGUCGCUGGUGCCCGUGCCGAGUCAGGGGGAGAGGAGUCUGAAGAGCAAACCGCACGUGAAGAGGCCGAUGAACGCCUUCAUGGUGUGGGCGCAGGCGGCGCGGAGGAAACUGGCGGACCAGUACCCGCACCUCCACAACGCGGAGCUGAGCAAGACGCUGGGCAAGCUGUGGAGACUUCUCUCUGAAACAGAAAGGCGGCCAUUUGUUGAGGAGGCUGAAAAGCUGAGACUGCAACACAAGAGAGACUAUCCAGACUAUAAAUACCAACCUCGAAGACGCAAAAGUGCGAAACCGGGCCAAGGGGACGCAAGACCACAACACCAGCACCAGCCCCAGCAGGGCUUUUAUAAGACGGAAGCUGGAUUGACCCGGCUAGGUGGUGCAGAAGAAGCACUCAAGAAUUACAAUUCAGACAGACCAGGUCAACCUCAUGGUCCUCCAACACCCCCGACAACCCCUAAAACUGAGCUGCACACAGGGAACAAGCAUGAUGCCCAUCGUCCUGUUGACAGUAGCUCCGCUAUCCAUUCCAACCGAAACAUCGACUUCAGCAACGUGGACAUUUCAGAGCUUAGCACCGAGGUCAUCGGCACCAUAGAUGGCUUUGAUGUGCACGAGCUGGACCAGUACCUUCCCCCAAACAGCCACAUCACAAUUCUUCCAACCCAGAUGGAACCCGGCAGCCUGAAUGGAUCAUACGUCCCCCAAAGCGCCCAAGCUCACUCCAACAGCUCAGUCAACUGUAUCCUCAAAACCCCUGAAGGGACAUUGGCAGAGGUACCCCAGGAGGACACUGGCCAAAAACCUCAGAUCAAAAUAGAGCAGAUGAGCCCGAGCCAUUGCAGCUCAUCACCUUCCUCUUCUACUUCACCUCCUCUGCCCUCACACCAACCUCAGUACACCUCUCUUAGUUCCUCCUCCUCCGUGUCUCCUCCUAACCCGCCGGACUACACUGACCUUCAGAACGCCAGCCUCUACGGCGCGUUUUCAGGUUACCCCGCCGGCCUGUACCAGUAUCCGUACCUUCACUCAUCUCGCAGGUCUUACACCGCUCCACUCAUCAACAGUCUGGCCUUGGCGCCGCCUCCACGCAGUCCUCCCUCUGUCUGGGAGCAGCCCGUCUACGCGUCUCUCUCCAGGCCUUGACAGGGACUGAAGUCUGCCUUCAGACUCAACCGCAGCUCACAGACAGUAACCAAAAUCUCAUCGUCUGUUUACCGUGAUGUGAAAAACAUCACGGGCCUUUGUUGUCAUGCAGAAAAAAUCUCAAGACUUACAAGUACUUAGAAAUAUGUUUGAAAUUGGACGUCUUGAAAGGGUAAAACAAUAAAAUUCUCCAAACUCAAAAUCAUUUGGCAUUCCAUACCUUUGUAGUUAGCUGAACUUUAAAAAAAUCCUUACAAUCAAGACAUCAGCCACUACCCACCAUGCACUAGGGUUGUUUCAUACCCGCUUUGACAAUCGGCGUUGGCAAUGUGAUGAUGUCUUUCUAAUAAAUAAAAUCUGCCAAAUGGAGGUAGCUCAUAGUUAUAUAAAUGUAUCAAGUCAUAAUCUGUCAUAUUUUAUAAGAGUCAACUGGUUCAAAUGGAGUUUAAAAGUAAAAUACAUACAAAUAGGUGGUCUUAAGUACUGUACAAUGAAAUUAUACAAAAGAUUGAAGUUUUUUAAACACCAUUUCAUAGAAAAAUUCAUGAAAAUAUCUCAGAAAAUGUUGCUAUGCCAUUGUUUAAGUACAGGAAGCAACAAAAUGGGGUGCAAAAUGGGGAGAACAAAUGAAGAGUUUAACCCAGUCCAGGUAGCAGUAGUUUAGGACAGUUUCUUAAACGUACUUGAGCAAGUUGGGAACCUUUGAUGACAUGGCUCCCAAUAAUUCCCACAUCUCUAAUAGUGAAACAUUCAGUACAAGUUGACUUCUUUGCAGGUAUUUUUUUAUUUAUUAUAGGUAUAUUAAAUGUCCAGGUAAUCUACCAUGAAUGUUUUGGACUCUAGAAAGAAACCUAUGCAAUGGGAACUGAACCUGCCGUUGUGAAAACAUUCAAACUCAAAGCAAGUUUGAAUCCGCAAGCUGACUACCGACAGUCCAACAAGAGUCUUUGUAAGCCUGCUGUAAUCUCAUGGUAUAUAUUUUUUAAAAUCAAAUAAAUGUCUUAAUUGCUCUUGUCUUCUGUGCCUUGGUCUUUUGCUUACAAGGUUUCCAGUUUGCACGAAAAAAAUCGUAGAGUUUAUUUUUUUGUAACUUGUACAAUUUGUGAGAUGAUUUAUCUAAUGUGGGACGUCACCUGAAUAAAAUGGUUCUGGUUGAUUGUA